AUGCUGGCUGGGGACAUACCAACACCUGCCUCGUUACUGAUGGGCCGGGCAGUGCCAGCAACAGUGGCUAGUGCAACAGCUAUUCCAACCUUGCUUAACCAUUCCCAUGAGCCAACGUUUUCUUACACACCUGAGAAGUCCAUGCAGGAUUUGGCAAGCGAGCCGACGUCGAUUGCUCCCUUAGCUAGUGAUCGUCUGCUCCAUGCCCAGACGGAGGAUAUUACCGCACAAAAAAUGGCAUCUGGGCAGUCGUUUCCGCUGUACGAAGGCCUCCCUGAGCGUUACGAGCUUGUCGCAAUGCUAGGAAAUGGCACAUUUUCUACUGUAUACAGAGCAUAUGACCGGAAAACGAAUACCCCUGUGGCUAUCAAAGUCGUGCGCGUAGGCGACAAGGAACAAAACCGAGCGUUAAAUCCCAAUAUUCGCGAGCAUGACCGGUCAACAGAGCGCGCAUCCAUCCUGCAAGAAGUGCAGAUUAUGCGCCGAUUGCGGCACGAAAACAUUGUUCAGCUGCUUGACUUUAUUGAUGCGGAUGAAUAUUGCUAUUUGGUAAUGGAAAUCGUUAAUGGGGGCGAAUUGUUUGAUCAGAUCAUCAAGCUAACGUACAUGAGCGAGCCGCUCGCGCGGCAUGUGAUUUGUCAAGUGGCGGAAGGCAUUCGGUUCAUGCACAACGAAUGCGGCAUAGUACAUCGUGACAUCAAGCCAGAGAAUCUUCUUUUUGAGCAUAUCGACACGGAGCCAUCCGAGUCGUUCCAGCGCAAGCCAUACGAUGAGGAGACCAAGAUUGACGAAGGCAAGUUCGUUCCUGGGGUAGGCGGAGGCGAAAUUGGCCGCGUCAAAAUAGCCGACUUUGGCCUUAGCAAGAUUGUGUGGGAACAUUCGACCAAGACGCCGUGUGGUACGGUAGGCUACGCGGCACCUGAGAUCGUACGCAACGAACAGUAUUCGCUUAGUGUAGACAUGUGGGCAUUGGGCUGUGUAUUAUACACGCUGCUUUGUGGCUUUCCUCCCUUUUAUGAUGAGUCGAUAAAAGAUCUCUCAGAGAAGGUGUCGAAUGGACACUAUGCAUUCCUAAGCCCUUGGUGGGACGACAUUAGCGAUGGAGCGAAGGAUCUAGUUGCGAAACUGUUAUGUGUGGAUGUGGACGCCCGAAUGACCAUCAGCGAGUUCUUUGAGCACCCGUGGGUCAAGAGUGGCUCGGAGUCCACGAAUGGCGCAAGUGCACUGGUUCAGCAACAGACGCGCAAGCGGAUGUGGCCAUUAUCAAAUAUGGAAUCCGUCGACUCGCCCCUCCUUGCGUCGUUGCAUGGCAAUGACGGGUACCAAGAAGGCGUAAGCACGCCUGUCAGCAAGAACCAUCUGCGCGAGGCCUUUGAUGUGUCGUUUGCUGUUCAUCGGAUUGAGGAAGAAAUGCGCCAGUCGAAACGGUAUCGAUCGCUGCAGCCACCCACAGGCACAGGCGUGAAUUCGACUGCGCAUGAUGUGGCAUCAGCGGAUGCCCGGUAUGGAAGUUUGGCUGCCAAAAUUAUCCUUGAUAAGCACAACUCACAUGCGAAACAAAAGGCCCCCUCCUUCCCUACUGCGCCUUCGAAUCAAGACGAUUUCCGACUUUCCAUGGACGGUGCAACCAUUCUUCAGCGACGCAAGCACAUGCGCAAACCUCCCAACUCUGAAUUCGAGAAGCCGGACCACAUGCCGGUCUGCUUAGGAGCUUAG